GCACUGUCGUCAUUGCGCAGAUCAGUUUUGAACCAAAAAGCGGAGUGACCUUCCUUCCUUCGCUCUCAGUGUGAGAGGGGGCAGCAGUCAAGCGAGAAGCCGGCCACAGCUCACGCAGCGCCCCGCUUCAGUCUCGGAAAUGAACAACUUAAUCGGCGAUGAAGUCGGAAAAUUAUUUGUUGGUGGGCUGGACUGGAGCACCACACAAGAAACCCUGCGAAACUACUUUUCACAAUAUGGGGAAGUGGUAGAUUGUGUUAUAAUGAAGGACAAAACAACUAAUCAGUCGCGAGGCUUUGGUUUUGUCAAAUUCAAAGACCCCAAUUGUGUACGGACGGUGCUGGAGACAAAGCCACAUAAUUUAGAUGGCAGAAAUAUUGACCCGAAGCCAUGCACUCCUCGAGGAAUGCAACCUGAAAAGACUCGAACUAAGGAAGGCUGGAAGGGCAGCAAAGCCGAUAGCAAUAAAUCAAAGAAGAUAUUUGUAGGUGGAAUCCCCCAUAACUGUGGCGAGCCCGAACUCAGGGACUAUUUCAAUAGGUUCGGAGUGGUCACAGAGGUGGUAAUGAUCUAUGAUGCGGAGAAGCAGAGGCCCCGAGGUUUUGGAUUUAUUACUUUCGAGGCCGAACAAUCGGUGGACCAGGCUGUCAACAUGCAUUUUCACGACAUCAUGGGCAAAAAAGUUGAAGUCAAGAAGGCAGAACCCCGUGACAAUAAAGCUCCUGGCCAGCUCGGCCCAGGCCAGUGGGCACCCAGGAGCAUCUUGAGUGCAGCUAAUGGUUGGCCAGCACAGCCUGCCCAGGCUUGGCAACAGCCUUACGGGCCACAAGGCAUUUGGGUAUCCACGACUGGCCAACCAAUAGGUGGUUAUGGACCACCAUUAACAGCAGGCCGGGGGACCCCCACACAACCGCCUUCACCUUUUAGUGCAUUCCUGGUCACCACCCCAGCGGGCAGCUUUGCUGCACCUCAGGGCUACCCUCCGCAGGGCUUCAGUACAGCACCUCAAUUUGGUUACAGUUUUGGCACUCCUCAAGCAGAACAGUAUGUUCAGCAGGUUCCCCCUCCACCUACUACUCCAGGAACUGCAACAUUGGGCUUUGCUCCUACCACUACACCAACUCAGGACUUGAGCAAAGCUUCAUCUGGGCAGCCUGACUUUCCGUAUAGCCAAUAUGGCUUGGGUAACUACCCUCAGGACCGCUCUUCCUACGGACCAACGCGUCCUCACACUUAUGAUCAGGGAGGAUGUAGUGCAGGCUACGCUCAGGACCUGACUGCAUUCAGCCACACCUUUGCAGACCCGAGUCAGACAACGGCCUCGUAUGGCUCAGCGCAGCCCAUUGCAGCUCCACAGCCUGCCGCCACCGCAUUUGGUAGAGGGCAGAACCACAACGUACAAGGCUUCCACCCAUAUCGACGUUGACUGUCAGUUUGGGACAGGGAUGUUAUGUAAAAUUUCCCACAAAAAUAAUCUGGGGGUGGGGGGGGGGGGGCAGGAGGUGAAGUCAGGGAAACUCAUGUGUUGGAAUGUCCUUUUGGAUUAUUUUGAAUGCGAAUUGUGAAAUGGAAACCUGCAAGAUAGUAGGUCUUCGUUUGUUCAAGAGUUGUACAAAUAUUUUUUUUAACCUAAUUUAUGGAAAAUUCAUGAUGAAAUUCAAAGAUGCUGUUAUGUCCAAUAAUGUUUUAUAGUAGACCUAAAACUACUUUGCAAUAAUUUUGAUUGUCGCGUCAAACACGAGCACAUAGACUAUAUGGAAAGAGACUUGCAUAUAAAUAUGUAUAUUUAUGGUUGACACAAAUGAAAACAGGGUUUUGCAUUUCCCUAACUUUAAAUUCUAGGGAAAUUGUUUUUAUUUGGUCACUAUUGUUUACUUUCUGAGCCUUUCAAGUUUGUUUGAGAUUGAGAUUAUAGAUAUAUAUUAUACACAAACUGUGCAGUUUUUAAAAAAAAUGAAUUUUGUACUAAAAUGUACACUUUGCUUGUUUUGUUUUUAUUUAAAGACAGACUUCCCUCAGGUGGCUGUUUUGGGUGCGUUUUGCACUUAUGCAAAAAGGGCAACUUAUUAAAAAAAGUUUU